AUGGCCAUCACCACCGCAAUUUCCGACCUCUUCAAGUCCUUCUAUGAGUUGAUCUCUUCCAUCUUCGGUGCCGCCUACGCCAUUGUCAACAGCGUUGUCGGCGCUGUCGUCGGUUUCGUUACAGGCAUCUUCAAGUUGGCCGGUGACGUCCUUGGCGGCGCGAUAGACAUUGCUGGAGGUGUGGGCAAGUUCAUAGCCGGAAACAUUGUUCUCAUUUCCGUUGGCGCACUCCUUGCCUUCGCCUUUGUGCGGUACACGGCACAGGGACAGCGGAUCGCGGCGCAGAAGAAGACGAAUUAA